AUGGCGCCGACCAAACCCAACAAAGGUCCGAAAAAGCCCCUGCCAUCACUGAAAGUGUCCGCGAAAGCCAAACCUCUCGCCCGCAAAUCCGCAUCAUCAUCCUCGUCCUCAAAAUCCAAAAUCAGCCGCCCACCACCAAAACAACAGAAGACCAAACCCGGCCUACACAACCCCACACCCGGCAAGCGAAAGGCUCCCAAAUACACAGACAAGCAGCUCGCGUUACCAUCCCUCAACUCCAUCAUCCCCGCCUCUCACGCCUCCAAAGCCGUCGGAGGCAAGGGCACGGGCAAGAAGAAGAACAAGGUCUUCGUCGAUGAUGUGGAAGCCAUGCAGACGAUAAUGAGUAUUGUGAAUGCGGAGAAGGAUGGUGUGAUUCAAAGUAAGAUGAUCAAGAUGCGAAGGCUCGAGGAAAUUAGAGAGGCGAGGCAGAAAGAGGCGGAGAAGAGGGAGGAGCGGAAGCGGGAGGUGCUGGAGGGGAAAAUGGAGGAGGUCAAGGGGAAGCGGAAGGCGAGAGGAAAGGAGUGGCCGAGGGAAGAGCAGGCGCAGUGGGAGACGAAACCGACUACAAACGGGAAGAAGAAGAAGAGCGUGGCUUUUGCUUGA